CACUUAUCAGGCUUGGCGGGCAUUGCGGCGGCGUUUCCCUGAUCGACAAAGGCUCUCUUCUAGCCGGCACUUCGGCAGCUAACGUUGCGCUUGGUCUGAACUAAGAACCGAUUCGCCUCUCGAACUUUUUUUUUACGAGAGGAUCGAUUCGUUACAUCUGUGGCUGUUUCUUGCCAACCUGUCGCCCUCGUGCGGCUCAGUCCAGGGUUUCAGGAGAUCAUCGUCAACUUCUAUCCCAUUGAUUAGACCGUCUGAUCGACCCAUCCGUGCCCGGAAGUGCGAAGAGGGAAUGGCGGCGGGCUUCUUGGCCAAUAUGCCUGGCAGGCAGGCAGUCCAGGAGUACGGUAGACUCUAUGGGACCUUUAGAAGAGGUCAAUAUAUGCUCCCUCAUGACCGCAUGGAAGCCGACAGGCUCGAUACCAUGGAAGAGAUGAUUUCCCAGUGCAGACCCCCGGGCGACUCGAGGUUCACGUCUGUCAACCUUGAGCCCAUGAGAAAGGGUGCACAGCCGCUUGAGGAAAGAGUACGCAUCCUUGACCUCGGCUGUGGGUCGGGGAUAUGGAUGAACAAAAUGGCAAGGUACCUACCCAAUGCUGAAAUCGUCGGUCUCGAUCUUCAUUACCAGGCGGCCGACUUUGUACCGCCCAACGUUUCCAUCAGAGCCCCGUGGGAUUAUGAAGCCCCGUGGGCGCUGGGGGAAGAGUCAUGGGACAUGAUCCAUCUUCAAAUGGGCCAAGGCAGUGUAGCCGACUGGAUCGGUCUGUACCAGAAGGUCAUUCGCCAUCUCGUCCCGGGCACGGGCGUCUUUGAGCAGGUCGAGAUCGACUUUGAACCCCGAUGCGACGAUGGCUCGCUGCCGCCGGACGCGAGACUGGUGGACUGGUGGCACCGAUAUCUCAAAGGAUCCUACGAUAUCAUCGGUCGACGAAUCACGUACGAACCCAAUACCGGAGAGAUGCUCAAAGCCGUCGGCUUCAGGGCAGAAGACAUCAACCACGAAGUGUACCGUAUCCCUCUGAGGCCGACGGACCCGGAUUCUUCGCGCGUAGGCGCCCUUUGGCAGAUUUCCAUGGCGUCUGGAGAUGACGCCGCCCUCCACUGUGGCCUGGAAGCUAUGAGCCUCAGACCCUUGUGUAGUCUGAACGGCUGGCCUGCCGAGCAUGUGAAACGCUUGUGUCAGGAAGCAAGUCAAGACGCCGCGCAUCCGGCCGUGAAUGCUUACAAUAAUCUUCACAUCUGGACAGCACGGGCUCCUCCCAAGUCAUGAGUCCACAAUCAUUGGGAGCGAUUCACCAAAUUGGAGGCUUGGAUGUUGAGAAAUAAAGUCUCGCAUUCUGACUGAAAACGACUGGAUAUUUGGGCAAGGUCACCAUGGCACCGCGGUAGUCCCACGCAACAUGCAAAGCAGCGCCGGGCUCGGCUUGCGGAGCGUUGAGAAUUGGAAGGGGCAACUUGCCUUGCGUUUAUCCAAAGUCAUUACAGGUUGGAUGGGAAUUUCUCUUAUGAUGUCCUUUUCCUAUCUCCCAAAAGCUGUCCGUGUCCAGGUUUUGGGUCGAUUUGUUGAAAAAGGCUGGGGAAUACAUUGCACGAGAAGACAGAAGAACGAGGACGAGGACGAUGACAACGACGAUGAUCGAUGAUGAUGAAACGUAGGAUUUCUUUUGGGCAUUUUUGGAACUCUAGUUGGUGCCGGAGCCAAGUACACACAACACACACUCCUUUAUGCAGCACCAACUCAGG